AUGUCUAAAGAAGUUUAAGGGUUAUUGAAGACUUAUUUAUAAGUUGAAAAAGAAGCAUAAUAGAUUAAAGAUAAAUAGAUAAAAUUAGCUAAAGUAAUGAAAUCUAGUAAAUAAGAAUUUAGCGAAUUCCUGAAAUAGGCCCUCAUCCUUAAAAGUAAUCGUAAAGCAAAGUUAAAGAAUAAGUUUCAGUUUUGAAAUAGAAAAGAAUUUAAUUAGAAAAAGAAUCACAUAAAAUAUCUUAAGAACAUGAUUAUAUGUAGUAAAUACUUUAAAAUGAAUUGAAGAAAUAAUUAGCUCCUCCUCAAAAACAUAAUGAUAUAUUAAUAAACUUAGAAAAAGUAGCCUAAGAAACUUAAUUUACAUAUCUCAAAUUUAGAACUGAAAAGUUUAUGCAAAAAUUAAUAAAGAUCUUUUCUAUAUUUUCUAUAAAGCAAGAAUUUCUUUAAAAAAUAAAGAAAUAAUAAUAGAAAUCAAUUGAAGAAAUACAAAAAUAUUUUGAAUUCAGAAAUUUCUAAAUAUAAAAGAAGGCAUUUAAUAGUUGGAAAAAGUUUUAUUUUGAUAUAAAAGAAGAGAGAAGAUUAAAAGAAGAAUAAUAAUAAAAGAAGUAUGAGAUGGGAUAAAAUGUAAAAAUAAUAUAUUAAAUAUUAGUAAUUGGCUUUGGAAUUUAAUAAUUUUUGUUUAACAAAUAAAUGUUUUAAAGCACUUAAAUAAUAUGUUAAAAUGAAUAAGUUAACAAAAUAAUUUGAGACAGAUUAAAAUUAAAUUAAAGUUAAAGUCAACAAUUUUUUAAAUCAAAUGCAAAAAUAAAUAUCUGAUGCUUUGGAAAAAGAGAAAGAAGAAAUUUAAUUAAUUAAAUAAUCAAAUUUGAUUAAUGAUGAAGAAUUGACAAUAUCAAAUUCAUAAUAAUCUAUAUAAUCUGAUAAAGAUGAGAAGAUUGAUUAAAACUAAGAAGAAAUACUUUAAUCAUAUGAAAAUGAAUUUUUAUAACAUUCAAAUGAAGAAUAAAUGUAAUUAACAAUAUAACCUAUAUAACAUCCUGAAAUAUAGUAAAUUAAUUAACAGAAAUAAAAUAUAAACUUAAGAGUUAAUUAAUUAGAUGAAGUACCUAUUAAAUAAAAAUCUUAAAUAAAUGAAAAUCAAAUAGUUUAAGAAAAUAAUCAAAUUCCUCUACCAAUAAAUCCUUGGAAAUAAAAGUAAGUCAGUUCAAUUUAAAAUAUGGUCGAUGAUAAUGAAUAAUUAAUAUAAAAAUAAAAUAGUCCUCAAAAUAUGUCAUAAUAAAGUUAUUCCAGAUAAAGAUCAGUUGAUAAAAAAAAUAAUUAUUCAAAAGAAUUAGAAGAAAAAGCUAAAAAAAGAAAAGAGAUGAAUGAAAUUAUUAAAAAGAAACAUGAAGAUAAAAGAAAGUAAAAAGAAAUAGAAAGAUAAUAAUAGGAAUAAUAAAGAUAAUUGGAGAUAAAAAAAUAAAAAGAAGAAGAAUAUUAUAGAAUUUAAGAAAAAAAGAAAAGAGAAUUAGAAUUAAAAUAAAGAAAAGAAUAGGAGAAAUUUGAAGAAGAAUAUAAAACAGAGAUUGCAAUUAAGCAUUAUGAAAGAAGUUUAUAAAAAUAUCAAAUAUUUAUACCAAUUUUGAAACUUCAUUAAUAAUUUUAGAUGAAUCAAUAAAGAGCUGAAAAUCAUUAUGAAAAUAGUUUAAAAUAAAACUUCUUUUAUCUACUAAGAAAAAUAAAAUAAAUAUGUGAAGAUUAAAGAGAAUAUGAAGAAUAAAUUAAAAAUAAUAUAUCAAAUAGUCAUUAUGAAAGAAAUAUAAAAUUAAAAGCAAUUUUUAGUCUAAAAUCUUUUAAAGACACUUAAAUAAAGAAAUUAUAGGAUGCUGAAUAAAUUAGAUAAAAAUAUAUAAAGAGACAUAUAAUGACUGCUUGGUAUAUUUAAUUACCAGAGAUGAGAGCUGAAAAUGUAAAAUUAGAAAGAGCUUCAGAAAGAUUAGUUAAUGAUUUUAGAAAAGUAAAAUUUUUUAUAAAUUUAGGCAAUACUUUAAAAAUAAUUUUUUAAUGAGUGGAAAAAUGUUAUACGAGAAAAUAUUGCUUAAAGAAUUAGAGAGUAAAAUAAAUAAGAAAUGUGGUAGAAAGUAAAUUAAUGGUUAUAAGAAUUUGAUGAUGAAAAAAUAGAAUGA